AUGCCGCUUAACGUAGCCUCAAGUAACAGCCAUCUCAAAGUAGUUAAGCUACUUCUUAACAAGGAAGCAGACAUCACAGUCGCCAACAAGGGCAAAGUAAUACCGCUUAACGCAGCCUCAAGUAACAGCCACCUUAAGGUGGUCAAGCUACUUCUCGACAAGGGCACAGACAUAACUGCCACUACUGAGGGCAGACAGACACUGCUUCACGCAGCCUCAGGUAACAGCCAUCUCGAAGUAGUUAAGCUACUUCUCAACAAAAAAGUAGAUAUCACAAUUGCUAACAACAACAGAUGGACGCCGCUUAAAGCAGCCUCAGGUAACGGCCAUCUCAAGGUAGUCAAGCUGCUUCUUGACAAAGGAGCAGACAUCACAGUUGCUGACAACAACGGAUGGACGCCGCUCUAUUCAGCCUCAAGUAACGGCCAUCUCGAGGUGGUCAAGCUGCUUCUUGACAAGGGAGCAGACGUCACAGUUGCUACGAAAGAUAACCGAUCACCCCUCUUGUGGGCGGCAAAAAAUGGACAUGAGGCCGUUGUCAACAUGCUGCUCGAUACAGCAGGAAAGCCCUCAAUUUUCGAGACAACAAAGGCUAUACGCCACUCCUGUGGGCACUCAAACGAUCCCAUCACAUGGUGGUGGAAGCACUCAGUCAGGGUGGAUGUUCAGUAG